AUGGCGUCAGGUCGCGAUAUACCGAACCUCUCCACUAUUGUGUCAGGCCUUCAUCUGAUUUUUACACUCACAUCAGUCGCUUUUUUCACGUACAAAGUUUAUUUCUUGGAGAAUGAACUGUCCUUAAUUAGAAGAGAAGUGCCUUUUCGUACAGCCCAAGAGUCAACUGUCGACAAAGCAACUCCACCUAGCAUAGUUCAAAGCCGCGAAGAGCAAAGAAGUCGACGGAACGGCCGAGCCGGAAAGGGGAAAUCUGAAUCGUCAUCAGCAACCGACAAGCUCAAAGCAGUAUGUGUCCAGAAAUUGCUCAACAAUCUUCAGGUUUGUAACGUAUCUCUGUUUUGAACACUUGACUGAGACGGCCAAAGAGAAUCCAAAUCGCGAACGAAGGUUCAUUAAUUGCCGGACGUCACUCUAUAUAACAAAUAUCCAUUCUCUAAAUCAUUUAUUUUAUCUUGUGUUAACUACCUAUAAAUAUACCUUAGUUAAAUUCACGCGAUAUGUUAGGCGAUCGUAAAUUAAUGAUUGAAUCUGUUAUCGACCGACAGUACGGUGAGGAAUUUGACCCAAAAUGAGCCGGGCAGUCGCUUCAAAAGGCUGGUCGGCGUCGCCCAAAUAAAAAGGAUUUCGUGAUUACCCGCAUCCAGCAUAUGGACUGCGUUCACGGGUCUUUGCAGCUAUUUAUUUACUGCUUUGUUGGCGGAGCAUUUGAGAGCCUUUGAAAAAAUGAGGGCUCUCUGGACUGAACACUUUUAUUGAAAUGAACAAACCUCCGUAAGAUAGCUUACCGAUCAUCGCGAGACUUAAGAUAUUUCGGUCGUGUUUAGUAGCUAUAGGAUAUUUUAACAUUUGAAUAAACGGCUUUCGAGGCAUGGCAAAAUUGUUGAAAAGUCGCCAGCGGUGGGGGACUUGAUCAUGACGUGUUAUGAGGCGCUAGCCACAACCUUCUCCUCUCCUCGGCAAAUGUCUUUCCUCUAGUUAGUGUUUGAUAAAGGCGAUGGUAUAAUUUUAAAAGUAAUACUUUUGGAGGAUUGAUUCGGGAAUAGAGAGCUGACCCAGUUUGACAUUAAGAUUUUAAAGUACCUUUACAGAAUCCUAUUUCUUGUUUUUUCCUUUUACAAUUAAAGGUUGCUGAUGACGUAGUUAAGGGAACUGGAAAAGUCGUCUGUAUAAAAGGUUAGUGUCAUAACAGGCUUAAUAUAGAGUUUCAUACUCUCUUGGUUCAAUAUCACGUUUUUUUCCCAGUUCGGCUAUUUAACAAUUACUUUGAGCUACUUUGCUUAGUUGAUCGAAUAACGUACUGGCUUAAGCUUUGUCUUAACCGAUUGAUUUAUUGGAUAUGCCCAAAAUUUCCAUUACAAAAAAGGCAAAUAACAUUAACAUAUAGAGAAAGAAAAUAAGAAUCAUAUGUUACUAGAAAAUAAAAGAAACAUGACUUCAUACCAGUCAAUAGGUGCAGUACGUUGUGUGGCAUCAUGAUAUUGUAAUGCAAAAAAAGUCACAACACCAUGGUGUAAAACAAUAUAGCCAAGGCAUAAUCGACCUUUUUUUCUUUUUUUUACGACGAGCAAAAGUAGUUUAGGGUAAAACGAGUUGAAAUCUUCAGCAACCAGUCUGAUUAGAUUUGAUUGUAAAUUGGCAUAGCGAGAUGUUCGCUGGGCAGAUAUUAAUUACCAAUUUUACGACGAGUCGAGUAUGAAUGGUGCAAUCCGUGAUAUUCUAAGACGUUUUUCGUAGCUUUCUUGAUUGACUUCUUGCGUUAUGAUUAAAAAACGACGUUUGAGUACUGAGCGCACUGAUAAAAACAUAUGGUGUUAAGAGUGCUUUUUUUCGUGAGGCUUAAUAAUCCCGGGAAAUCAAGAGGUUAAUUAGAUUUCGUUUAUGUUCCAUUUUUUUACUUAACCUAUAUAUUAAACUACAACCCUGGUCCACUAUUGACGUUAUCUGCGUUAUGCAAUCAAGUUUUUAAUUGCACAUAAUCAACACUGCUUGGGGGAGAGAGGGACAGCGGAAAUAGCAGAGGUAGAAUAUGUCUGAGUUAAUUUAGCAAAGUGCGUCUUUGUGCCUAAUUUCCUCAGCCGGUACAUUCGGUGCGCUCGGUACAGUCGGUACAGCCGGUACACUCGGUACAUUUGGUACAGCCGGUACAGCAUGCACUCUCGGUACAGCCGGAACCGACUCUGACUUGGUACAAAUGGGUACGGCCGGUCUUUUCUAUUGCUGACAAUAGCUGUUGUCGAGGGAGGAUUCUUUGACAUCCACUUUACUUCAUACAUCAAGGCAUACAACACCUGUUCUGAUGACAUUGAACAUACGCACAAAGCAUAAUAAACUAAAACUGAGGAAGAGGGUCUAAAAUAUGGUUGGCUUUACAAAACUAAUGAAAAAGAGUCUCAUCUUGAUGGAAAAUACUAACAAACGCAUACAUGAUAAUUUCUCCAUUAAAAAAUCCUAUUGCUCUCGCGAGCUGGCCAAUCAGAGAGUCGCUUUGGAUAGGGGAAGGACGACCCCAAGUGCCCCAAGAUUUUUUGACAAGUGUUUUAUAGUUACCGAAUGGGUGUGAAAAACAUGUGUGUUGUUGCCAUUAUACGUUAUUUCAUUUUAUUUUGGAGGGAGGGAGAGGGGGAGGAGGUUGUGCAAUUUCUCCCGUAUAUUUUUUAUUUUUUAUUUUUUUUGCAACAAAACCCUUUGCAGGAGUUUGUUUUUUAAUAUCUAUGUUAAUAUCCACGUCAGUCCUUUUUAUCACAGCCCAAGCUCUAUAAGUGUAUUAUAAUACUUUGUAAUUAUGAAGUUCGACAGUCAUCGACAUUCGUACCUCUUGCAACACUUUUCGUACAGUCGAACCUCCAUGCGCAACCACUUAUCCAAAACACCAAAAACAUUUUUCCUAGUCAAAGCUUUACAGCUGGAACCUUUAGCAACGCACCUCCUGUAAGCGAUCGCGACCACUUUUAGAGCCUGACGAUUAAUGAUUUUCUAUGAUCAUUGUUUUUUAAACUCUAACUUGUGAGCGACCACUUGACACACUCUGAUCUCUAUUUUCGCAGUGCAAUUGCACUGUGUUACUUAGAAAAUACAAGUUAGUGAAAACAUGAAACUACACAUAUCCUAACUUAGGCAUUGGAUGCAGUCUUUGCAUUUUGGGCCAGGGUUGCUUUAAUACGAGAGGUUCGACUGUAUUUUAAAACCAUUGUAAAACAUUAUAGAGCCAUUCAAAACGUGCUCCAAACUUUCCACUAGUUCUAGUUAGCCAAGCCACUGUUACUCUACAUUAACAUUGGAACGACUGGCUUUCUAUAUACUCAUUCUCGAUAAAAAUCUUUUGAAACAAGGCUUGAAAUAACGAACCAGUUAGGCGCCAUGUACAUUUUCAGGUCGAACGCAUAUUUUUACUAAGAGCCAUUUUUUCGUUAUUCUUCUUGUAAACAGUUUAUCACAAACAUUUUCCAAUGCCGAUAACUUGCUCAAAAAGAAAAGACGAAAGCAAAAGAAAAACGAACAUCGCAUUUCCAAAAACUACGCGGUUCUCGUCGCAUUUGAACAUUUCUUCCAAUUUUCUCAAGAACUCUCUUUGUCUCGGUUUAUUCCUUGUUUCAACUUGCUAAAGUCUUUUCGAGGCCCUCACUUGCUUAAUGCAAAAUAAUCCUGCAAAAACUUUCGAAAACGGGCGUCAUAUUGAACAAAAAAAAAGAAACAAUCUUCCACUUACGUCAUCCUUGUGUCUACACGGCUAAUAGAUCAUAGGCAACGACCAAUCACAAUGCGUUAAAUAUUCCCCAACACAUUGGACAAAAGUAUUUAUUGAUUAGAGAAAGCUGCAUUAGUCUCUGUAUCUCGCUACCAGAGUUCUUACAGGUGUGGUAGAACUGGCAACUACUAGUAAGUGAGAAGCUGUCCAAAACAAACGUUCAUAUCAAAUCUAUAUAUCUAAAUACAAUGUGCUGCAGGUCCGCAGGGUCCCCCCGGACAACCAGGCUCGCCUGGUCUGCCAGGACCCCCAGGUCAACCAGGAUCUCCAGGUUCACAAGGAAAAAUGGGAGCACAGGGACCCCGUGGUCGCCGAGGUCGUCCAGGAACACCCGGAAAAAACGGCCCUCCUGGUAGAAAGGGUCCUCGAGGAAAACCAGGGAAGACCCUCGAUGUCAAUGUUACUGAGCUUCAAAACCUUGCAGAACAAUUACAGACGUCUGCUCAAGGAGAUAUAGCAAUGUUUGGUGAGUAAAACACUGAGCUAAAUGUAUUUUACCAUAACAUAUUACACAUGAUUUCUCUCUUUAUCUUUGCUGUCAUUACUUUUUAUAUUCCAUUUUCACACGAAAAAAAAUAUGAUAUGUUAUUAGAACUCGUUGUGAUUGAUUUGAUGUGAUUAAUCAACAGCUUCUCCUAGGUUUACAAGGAAACCCCCACCACUUAUCUUCAUAAAGGAGGGUGGUAAUCUGACUCUAAGCAUUUCCGUAUCCGGCAAUCCACAACCUAAAAUUACUUGGUCUGUACGCCAGAAGACCCAAGGAAACAAAAGACGAGUCAAGAGUACUGAAAACAAGUUGGAGAUUAAAAAUGUUCGGUUUGAAGAUGAAGGAGUGAUCACGUACCGUGCGGAAAAUGUGUUUGGUGCUCAAGAAAAUGAAAUAGAGCUCACUGUAUUAGGUGAGUAGAAAGUUCUAGAAUAGCCUAAGUGACCGUUAACUCAUCCAACAACAAAUAGACAAGACAAGACAAUGUUUUAUUUGGAGUCUUAUACAGUCCUAUGUAUAUCGACUUUAUCCAAAUAAUUUAAAAUCAUGACACAAAUUGCACACUAGUGGAACUAUAAUCAAUGUUAACCUAAACAACUAAUGAUCUUUUCUCAUAGCAAUCGAAUACGUAUUUUGCAAUUAACUUUUGCACUGCCGCUUAUAAUAUACAAAGAACGUUAGUGGCAACAUGGAACUACACAUAUCCUAACAGUUAUGCAUUGCAUGCAAUAAAUUAUCUUCAAUAAAGUAGAUAUGCCUGGACCUCUUCUCGGAAGAUACCCCCUGUGGUUCGAUUCUUUCAAACGACGAUCACAUCCCGUAAGCGACCCCUCGCAGUCUUUUCAUUUUGGGUGGUCGCUUACGAGAGGUUCGACUGUAUUUUAAAACCAUUGCAAAACAUUAGAGAGCCAUUCAAAAUGUACUCCAAACUUUCCACAAGUUGUAAUUAGCCAACCCACUGUUACUCUACAUUGGAAAAACUGGUUUUCUUUGUAUACAUUCUCGAUUAAAAUCUUUUGAAACAAGGCUUGAAAUAACUAACUAGUAACACGCCAUGUACAUUUUCAUGUCGAACGCAUUUUUGCACCAAGAGCCAUUUUUCGGCAGUCAGAUAUUGUUAAUUAAAAUGAUAUUUAACGAAUUUUGAUCGAGGAACUUUGACAGGACAAUUCUUAUAUCUCAGCUGCGAAUAAACAUUUUACAACACUAAGAACUUUCAAAUAAAACUAAUAGUAGUGCUCCCUGCCACCAAAGGAAAGCUGAGCUCUUACAGUCAAACCAGGUCAAGCGUACCCCCCAAGAAGCCAUUAAUGAAUUUAUUAUUCAAAAGUUGAAUCCGUUGCUAGUUGUAGAUUUCAGAUUGAUCUCUGCAUUCUUGUAUGUGUAAUGAGCCGUGCAUUCACACGCGAGGCAGUUAUGAAAUUUCUACAAGCUCCAUUUUCCUGAAAUUGAUGUAAAUGUCUUCUAACAAGCUUAAUCCAUUCAAAGAUUUCCAAUCUGACCAAAUACAGAGAAGUUCUCAUAAAAUAUCCACUGCUCAUUACGCAUGCAGAAAUGCCGCUUUGAAUUUGACGCCAGUUACGGGAAAGACUGACGGAUUCAUUUUUCAAAUAAUCAAUUCACUGAUAGAAUCUUGGGGGGUACGCUUGACUUGGUUUGACUGUAGUGUCCCUCCUUUGGUCACUUCAGUUAGGUCACGCGCAUACCAAUCUUGACAUAGCGAAAAAAAAUUGUAAAUUAGAGAUUAAGGAACAGUGCAAUAAUUAUCAGAACAGAACUUCUGAAAUUUGCAAUAGGGGGCAAACAGUUAACUUUACCCCCUCCCUUCCCCCUUGUACAAAGGAUGAAAUAACAUCUUAACCCUCUCUCUCUUAAAGCAACUCUUGAACACCUUCUUCAAUGCAACAAUUCUGACAAGUUGUUGACACCAAGUAAUAUUUUUGUGCGGCUAAGAAUCAUGAAGUUCCGAAGAUGUACAGGCUGAAAUUAAUAGUUUAUUGAAGUAACUUAUAGCAGCUUUCUAAAACCUUUCAUCAGCUUAUUAGAAAGGAAAAGGCAGACUUCAUAGACUAGUUUAGUAAUGUUGCUAAGUCUCCAAAAUCACAACUGAAGUUUGUCUUAUGAGACUGAGUUUAAUUUUCUUCACAGGUGCCCCGAGGUUUCCAAAAUCUCCUCCAGGACCAGCAACUGGUUUCUUGGGUAAAGAGACAAAAUUGCUUUGUGAUCUUCUAGGAAACCCAACUCCUGACGUUAAAUGGACCAGAUCUCCCCCAGCUCCUCUCCCUCAGGGACGCAGUGAACUAAGAAAAGACGGCCUUUACAUUACCAACACCAAGCUUGAGGACGGUGGGGUAUACACGUGUAUUGCGACCAACGAAUAUGGCAUGGAAAUUCAUGGGACAUUCCUCAACGUCAAGGAAGUCGGUAAGUGGCAAACUUGACCACAUCAAAAACCUGACGUGAUGUUUACCACUAAGUUGUAAUUCUACUUUGGAACAGAAAUCGUAUGGCACUUUUGCCGACUGGAGAACACACAGUUUGAACAGUCCAUGAAUUUAAGAAACCGAGAUAGGUUAGCAUCUACGUACUCAUAAGAAUGCAGCUGAUCGAAGCUAUUUUUGGCGAUAAUAAUCAGUACAUGAUCAGUCUGAACUUCGAGCCCAGAGAUUUCCAACAAAGAAUUGAUUAAUGAAAAGGCAUUAACACGAACAAUAACUUUAACUCCAGUUCUCUUUACUAUAUCUCUCCUCAGAACCACCUGUAUUCACCUCAGUACCUCAGGCUUUGGUCAAUGUAUCGAGAACCGACGAAGCGAUCCGAGUCAGCUGUUCCGCUAAGGGGUCACCUCUUCCUGAAAUCACGUGGUACAAGAACAACAUUACAAUACCCUCCCCCAAUAACGUCACCAGAGACGAAGUUACCAGCGAGCUUGUGAUUGAUCAGUUCCAGACUUCUAUCCAGACACAGUAUACAUGUGUUGCUCGAAACGAGUAUAACGAUGAAGUGAAGACAAGUACCAAGUUAGGUAGGGCGCACGUUCUCCUUUUCUUGUCUAGUCCAAGAAGUCAAACAACGCGCACUCGUUUGGUUUCUUAUAGAGAGGAAAAUCUGUUAAAAUAGCUAGGCAUUUUGCAAUUUCCUGAGAUUUUUUUGUCGGCAUAUAAGAAAUCGUGAUGGAGGCGACCAACAUCCUUAACCAGGCGAAAAUUAGAGAGUGUGAACAGUUUAGAAAAUAACAUGAAUGCAUAUUUUUGUCAUCAAAUUCCAAAGCAAGAAGCCCCUAAGCUCUGUUUACAAUCAAAGUGCCACAACCAUCACAUUUUUAAAAUCACUUAAGGUGAGCAGUUGGCAGGGCUGGGUGGGCAAAGCAAAAAAAUCCACGUAUACGCGGUCCAACACCCGGGGCCCUCCCUCGCCCAACACUUACUUCCAGCAGAAUCAUGAUUUUUUUUUUCGUACUAGCAGAAUUGACACAAGUUUAUUUAUAUUCAUUACAGUCAAACCAAGUCAAGCGUACCCCCCAAGAUUCUAUCAGUGAAUUGAUUAUUUGAAAAAUGAAUCCGUUAGUCUUUCCCGUAACUGGUGUCAAAUUCAAAGCGGCAUUUCUGCAUGCGUAAUGAGCAGUGAAUAUUUUACGAGAACUUCUCUGUAUUUGGUCAGAUUGGAAAUCUUUGAAUGGAUUAAGUUUGUUAGAAGACAUUUACAUCAAUUUCAGGAAAAUGGAGCUGGUAGAAAUUUCAUAACUGCCUCGCGUGUGAAUGCACGGCUUAUUACACAUACAAGAAUGCAGAGAUCAAUCUGAAAUCUACAACUAGCAACGGAUUCAACUUUUGAAUAAUAAAUUCAUUAAUGGGUUCUUGGGGGGUACGCUUGACCUGGUUUGACUGUAAUUUAUAUAUAUAUUUUUGCCUAUAUUCAUUUUUUUAUUGAUGAAAGUUUGUUUAAUCUUCACUUGCUGCUGAGAAAUUGAACGGCACGCAUUGCGUUUUAUAAAGCGACGAAACUCAACAUGGUUGAUAAUGAAGACUUUCUAAAACUAAGGAUAAGUUAUCAAGUCCCUCGUUGAAGUUAUUCUUUGAAAUUCGUUCACUUAAUUAGGGGGUUAUUUUUCUUUCUUUCCCCAGUAAUUUUUUUUUAAAACUAGUUUGCCUACUUUGAGUCUGUUUGGCCAAGAUGCAACUUAACUGGUAAGGAAAUCCUAAGAUACCACACACUAAACGAUGUGACUAUCUCACUGCAUUGCACUGCAUACAUAAUUAUUUGACCCGUGACGUACACUGAUGCUGAAAUUAAAAACUCCAUUAAAUUCCGUCGUGUUGAGCCCGCGCAACCCUCCUGUUGCUUUGCUUUUGCACGCCUCUUGGUCAGGUGUUAGCCAGUUUAACUGAGUUCAGUGGAAGUUUCUUAGAAUUUUCGCCACUCGCACCUCCCAAUUGUGAUGGUUGACGUCGCUUACCUACGUUUUUCGGCAUACCUACAGGGUGUUUCAAAAGUUCGUUCCGAUUUUUUAUUCGCUUAAAAUUCUCUAAUUAUUGACAAAAAAAAAACUGCCAAACUUAGUAUGUUAUUCAUUAUUCAUUUAACAUUGAAUAACUAAAAUAUUAGUAACCAGAAUGUCUUCCUGUAUGUUUUCUGACAUUUUCUACGCGGUGAGGUAUAGAAUGUACGAGCUCCCAAAGCAUGCCCAAAGUCACAUUCUUCCACGCGAAGCGUAGUCACUGUCUAAGCUCGUCCAGUGUUUUGGGGCUGGAUCUUUGUAUGUUGUUUCGUCUACGAUAAUGCAGAUAAUCUCUAGGCGGUUCACAUCACGUGAGUUUGCCGGCGGUUCUCUUUCAGUAUAAAGUUGGCAAAUCCCUCUGACACCAUGCUUGCAUGAAGUGUGCCCUGCCUUUUUCUCUUCCAGGCUUUUCAACUGUUUUCGGUAACUUAUCCCCAAACUGUUGUACUCGAAACUUUGAUCGAUAAUGUGAAGUUGAAAUUUUUUGACCUUUCUGUUUUGUGGAAUUAUUACGCAUAUACUUCCAGCUUUUUCGAUAAUAUUUCUCACACAGUUUGUGAAAAAAACGGCCAUCCACUCCUUGGUUUGUCUUCUAAGGUCUUUCCUUUUGAUAACUUGUUGGGUCAUCGUUCAGACUUCUUCAACAAUUUGGCAAAUUUUUUUGACUGAAUGGCCAGACGACCAUAAAAAAUAGAUGCCUGAACUCUAGCACAAAGAGUGUAGGCCUUCAUUUUCAUGAAGAAGUAGAGAAAAUAAAAGAAGAAAACGAUAAAAAUACCAAAAUAGAAAACCUACAAAAUGGGCAUGAAAAGUAUGGCGGGAAAAACCUCGCGUACGUGUACAGUUGGGCAAAAAUUAAAAAAAAUUAUAAUUUCUUCAAAUUUAGUUUGAAAUUGCUUUGAACGGUUAUUUAGAUAAAUUUCUUACCUGAAUCAGUUUCCAUUUGCUAAAAGAAGCAUUAAAUGCUUUGCGCAAAAGACAAUUUACAAUCGGAACGAACUUUUGAAACACCCUGUAUUGUCAUGGCCGUCGCGGUUUCCUUCCACAACUUAGAUUCCCAUGACGGGAAAAUGGGUAUGCAGUGCUAAUAUUUUCCAAGUUUACUUAGCAAGUUUUAUCGUAUUCUUCUCGAUAGUUUUACGCGACUGUGGUGACCCAGGAGAACCAGACAAUGCAAUUGUUAUCAUGGGAAAUCACUGGGCAGGGGAAUAUGUCAGAUACCUCUGUAAUCCGGGAUAUACUAUGAUUGGUCCCGCGGUCAGAAGAUGUUUGCCCAGCGGUAAAUGGAGUGGAAAUACACCGACAUGUAAGAAUGUGAACUCACUGCAAUCCACAAGCUCAAAUGUUUGUUUUCUUUCGGAAAAAAAGAGCGGGAUAACCGGCAUAAUUGUCCUUUUUUUUACCUGACAUUAUUUUUAAUAAUUUUUUUGUAAACGCUGGCAGUGCUAGCUGUCACCAACUCAUGAUUGAAAAAAUAGACAAAUUUAUGUUUCAAUAUUGAUAUUUAACAAUUAUUCCUCGAGCCCGAAUGGGCUCUGAGUCAAAAAAUCCAACUAGUUGGUCAAAAAUAUCAAGACAAAACAACUUUAGCUAGCAAAACGCGUUUCAGCCGUCAUUGUUUUGGUUUUCAAAGCCGGCGCUUUUUGCUACUAGUGGGCUAUAAAUAGCCUAGUAGUAGCCCAACCAAUCAGAACGCAGCAUUGAUAAUAGAUCCUGUGUUGGAUUUUCCCCUCUAGCUAACCGCCACGCUCUACUAUCUGAUCGACUGGAACAUGCCAUCUUCGACUAAAUUAUCUUUUAUAGGAAAAUUUAACUUAAUAUAUGCUACUAGCCCAAUAUUAUUUUCCGGCUGGCAGUUGAACUUGUGUGUUACUAAACAGAGUAUUAUAAUUAACUCAGUAAAGAUUAAAGGAGUAGCCAGAAACCGAGAAACUGGUUAAAAAUUUAACCCUUACCAGUUACCCUGUUUAGUAACAUCCUCUAAUCAUUCUUAUCCCGCGCGAAAUCACACUUAGCUUUCACAUUAUCGUUCCAAUAUCUCCGUUUUAUCGGUGCACACUUGCCUAGUUCCUAGGCCUCAUUAUUGCGCGCACCCGAUGCGUUUCUCGUCAAGUGGACCGAGCGAGUCUUCUGGCCGCACUGCAGGGACUAGGCAAUGGAUAUAAGGUGCGCAUGAACACCGGAAAACGACGGUAACCCUUGGCAUCGGAUAAGUGUGGACGCACUGCCAGUUCGAAAAAAUGCACGAGACCCCUUUUUACCUUAAGAAAUGUGGAUAAUUGUUCCAAUCCCUCAGUAUACUAUAUAACUAAAUUUAAAAAUUCCAAUUUCCGUAGGAUUUUUAUUUAUUUAUCAUUGUAUCUCUCUUGUAAUAGAUAUUCCUUUUUACUAAUUUAUAUUCACAUUCCUUUUUAACAGUUCUCAAUGUUUCAAUUUUUAAGAUUUUUAAGAGCUUGUAAGACCUUUUAUUGUAAUCAAUACAAUAUAUAUAUACAUACACGUUGUUGGCCUUUUAUCAUUAUUUUUUUUAAGAGGGAGGUUACUGGGGAGAAUAGUUUCAUAGUAAUAGAUAGGUGUCACCGUACUCCUCUUUAAAUAAAUUUUAUUGUUUAUUGCUUCCUUUUACAAGAACGUUUAAGUCCUAGUUGGCGCACCCAUCGGUCAAGAGCUGGCGAAAUGAUAAUGAAUUUCUUUCUCCCUUUUUAACGCACGAUUUUGCGGAUUAGACAUUUUAUUAUACAUUGUAGUCACCAUCUGUCUUCUUAUUGGCUAAAAGUUUACAGUUAAUUCUGGGAAACAGCGCAACCUACAGAUUAUUCACUAAUCUGUACCUACAGAUUAGUGAAUAAUCUGUAGGUUGCGCGCGCAAUGCAUGAUUUGCAAGAGCAAUGUCAAGUGCACGGACAGCAAUGUCAAGUUCGCGGACAGCGAAGUAAGAAUGGCUUCUCGAUUCGCUUCAUCGACCCACCAAGAAAUUGAGAAAUUACUUGAAGAUAAAGUAUAAUAAAACAAUUAUUAGAUUCGGUUUUUGUGAUAUCCGGAAUAAUCAAGGUCUCGGUUGUGUUAUCAGCCUCAGCCUUCGGCUUCGGCUGAUAACACUUACCUCGACCUUGAUUAUUCCGGAUAUCACAAAAACCUCAUCCAAUAAUUGUUUACAAUCACUUCAGUCCUCCUAUAAAGAAAAUCGACAUUACUAUUUCUUAUAAAUCAUUCGAUGAUAGAAAGAACGUCUAAAUGUUCCAAACUGAACUUUUCAGAGGAAACGUUCCUCUGUUGUCGUGAAUCUAUUUGAGAUAUGAAAUUUUUUUCGCAGUCAAAAGUCAGAAUCAUUUCAUAAGCAUGUAGAUUUAAAAAGAAAGGUCGGCUUUUUAUAUGUAAUACAUUUUCAUCAUCAUCAUCGUCAUCCUUAUCAUUAUUUAAGCGCUUUUCCUAAUUCAUGCUGUCUUCGAAACUUUGAUAUUAUCGAGGUAUGAAUAGUUAACCGUCACGUAUUGCAAUGUCAUCACCAUAUCCACCCACCAUUUUUAUCAUCAUUAUGAUUAUUACGCCAUGCAGCUGUAGGGCACACAGAGCGCUAAAAUAUUGAGCCUCUCUAUGGGUACCUGUCGAAGUCGUUUUCGUCGCGCGUUUUACAAAUCAAAUCGUCUGUUUUUCAACGAAAUCGUCGUACUAGCGAGCUUGAGCUGCAACCUGCGGUGACGAAGGAAACGAGAAAAUAUCAAAACAAAAACGACAGGUUUAAUAAGCAAAACCAAACAAUCCACAUGUGACGUACACUUUUUGGCGGAUUCCUUUGCCAUCAUCGCACGACUAACGUUGUCAAACUGAUCGGAAUGGCAAUGCGAUCGAUAUAUCGUCGCUUUCAUCGGCUCUAUCUCGUCACGACUUCGAUUUUAUCUGAAAUACCGACAGAGCGGCUCAAUAUUCCCUGUUGCUAAUAUAAUUAUAUUCAAAAGUAAGCACUUUGCCAUAUUGUUAGCUACGUUUUCUUUUUUGUCUUUUCAGGUAAUAAAACAGAGUGUGUUGAGCACAGGACGAUAGAUGAUGAUUCAAGAUCUCAUCGUUAUUCUGCUAGUAACAAUAAUAAAAAUGACCGCUAUCUCCCCGAAGGCUGGUACAGAUUUGUGACGCGAACACGAAUGAACACAAAAUGUGUUACUGCAGGCAAUAACUACUGCAAUACAGCUUAUAUCGGGUAUUUAAGCCAAAAUCAUCCGUCUGUUGAAGAGGGGAUUGUUACGCGGCAAGUGUGUUUCAGUUAUCCUUCUUAUUGUUGUCGUUAUUCCACCUACAUAAAAGUACUCAAUUGCGGUUCAUUCUACGUGUACAAACUCAAACCCACACCAGUGUCUUGGGCUCGUUAUUGUACCGAAUAG